GGGUCAGGAAGCAAAUAAAUACAGUCUACUGCACUGCCUAGGCGUCCUUGGAGACAAGUGGGGUUGGACAUCUCAAUAAAAAGGCGGAUCAAAAUGGCUGCAGAUGACGUUAAGGCUAUGAUAACUGAGUUCAACACAAAGGUGCAAGUUGCUGAGAAGCCAUUACAAUUAGAUGGGAAGUAUGAGCCAAUCACAUCAGAGCCGAUUUGCCGGCCUCUGAGGACGCUAGACGAGGUGUUGUCAUGGGAGCCGGAAGAGAAAGCUUUCAAUGUUCCCAUCGCUCAACUUGCCUCAAGGGCGGAGCCCACCAAGCCCCGCCCAAGGACGUUGAUUUGCCAUGACAUGAUGGGAGGAUACAUUGAUGACAGGUUUGUUCAGGGUGUUCCUAAGACAGAAAGUUACCGUUUCUACCACUGGCAAUACCUUGAUAUGUUUGUGUACUUCAGUCAUCACUUUGUCACCAUUCCUCCCCCCGGUUGGACCAAUGCAGCCCAUAAGAAUGGAGUACCAAUGCUCGGGACUGUCAUUACUGAGUGGACUGAUGGAUCCGAACGAUGUCAGGAAGCUUUCAGUUCCGAGGCUUCAUACAAAGCCUUGGCUGAUAAACUGGUAGCCAUCGCACAAUUCUACAAGUUUGACGGGUGGCUGAUUAACAUCGAGAACCAGAUUUUGCCUCAACACAUGCCUCAGCUAGUGGCCUUCAUUCCCUAUCUUACAGCAGAGAUGCAUAAACAUUUACCACAGUCUAAGGUCAUCUGGUAUGACAGCGUCAUUACAGAUGGGUCGCUGAAAUGGCAGGACAUGCUGAAUGAACAUAACAAAGUUUUCUUUGACGCAUGUGAUGGUAUUUUCCUCAACUAUACAUGGAACGCAUCUAAGCUAGCCAGCAGUGUGACGGCUGCUGGAGCUAGACAGUAUGAUGUCUACGUUGGGGUUGACGUGUUCGGAAGGAACUGCUUUGGCGGGGGAGGUUAUAAUACUAACAAGGCAAUGUCAGUGAUUCGUCAGAACCAGUUAUCGGCCGCAAUAUUUGCCCCUGGCUGGGUGUUUGAAAGACAGCGAGUCGAGGAUUUUAUCGCCAACCAAAACAAAUUUUGGAGCCUUCUAGACGAGUUUCUGCCAACCCAUGGAGUUGCCUCACUGCCUUUCUUUACCAACUUCUGCCAGGGAUUCGGUGAGAUGGGAUUCAGGAAUGGCCAGGCUGUGAUGAGCAAGUCCUGGUGUAACCUCAGCGCCCAACACACCCAGCCCACUUAUGACAAUCACCAGUUUGAUAGGAUUCAGAACAGUGGUGGCCAGCGUAUGGCGCAUAGCACCGAGGAUGGGUACAGUGGUGGGGGUAGUCUGCUGCUUAGCGGAAAUAUGAACGGCGGUACUGUACACACAUUCAGGAUAUUUGAGACAAGCCUGACUGUGUCUCAUCCCCUUCUCAUAUCCUACUCGGUGAAGCUAUCACAGGGUGUUGAAGCUUGCCUGUAUCUUAAAGUCAGCAACACAACCGACAAAAUACUUCUAUGGGUGACUGGAGGUUCUUCAAAGGAGGACAGACUGCCAGUCACAGCCUACGGUCUCCACGAGUCUGAGAGUCUGGAUCCUAGACUUCCCCAGUUGGCAGGCAUUACAGACCAAUGCCAAUCCUUUGCUCCUUUGGCAGGCACCAGCCAUAGCGCCAUGCAGGAUGCAGCAUUAGGGAUGAAUGGCGUGGGAAUCCCCAAUGGAGGUUGGAAAACAAGGCAUUUCUUACUGAAGGAGUCUAGUUUCCCAUCAGACUGUAAAGUAACUGAGAUAGGAGUUAUGUGUUUCCACAAGACGUCCGAUGGAAGCAAAAUAUCCUACAGCGUCCGGGUUGGGGAAAUUAAGAUAUGUCACCCUCUAGCCCUGCGUGAUCAGACUACCCAAGUCACCAACCUAGAGUGUGUUGACCUCUCCUGGCACCCACCACUACCCAUCUUCUCAAAGGGGGACGCCCACCUGUCUCUCUGUGCUACCCUAAAGUGGGAGUACGCCCCGGGCGCUCUUCACUACGACAUCUACUGCCAGGGCGUCAACCGGGAUCCGAAUCAGUCUCGUGACGUGAAGUUCACAGAUACCAUCUUUAUAGGACGCGCUCACGCCAUAUCAUUCCGUAUCUGUCACUUGUUGGUAGCGAAGACCAACGACGGAAAUCCGAGGGCCCUCGAUUUGAUCGUUCAACCAUCAACAGCGGCUGGGUUUCUUGCUCCUUUGGCAACAGCAACUAGGAUAAAAGUUCUCUAUUCUUAAUACCUUAUAUCUGGUGUUUGAUAAAGAAGUUGCUUACAGAUUCUGAAAGAAAGUUCUGAGCAUGAAUUCCUAGAGCUGCUUAAUCACAAAAAAGUAGCUUAACACAACAAAAUCAUGCUUAUCAGAAUAAGAUUACCAGCCAAAUUACCAUGUCACAUGUACAAUUUAUGACUUGUUUCCUGUUCAUUUCUGCCGAUUACAACAUUGUUAAGCAACAUUUUCUGCGUAAGCGUCUCUUUGAAAUUUGGCCCUGGUCACAAGUUGCUGACGGUUUUUAAAUCUCGCCCCACCAUAGCUAGAGGACGAGGUUAAAAAUCCAAUGAUUUGAUGUAGUUCCACCUUGAGGUAUCAAGUUUGAUAAUCAAUUUUGUUAUAGUUUUUAACUAUUUAUGCAUACCUUAUCAACAAUUUCUUUCACAGUCUUGCCGCUUUUCAGCUAAUCAGCUUGAUUCCUCUUUUUUCUUUUAUUCUAGUGUCAGAGAAAACUGGAAAACACUUUUGUGUGCUAGGCAGUUUGCUCUUUUUUUGUGCAAUUACAAAGUCAUUAGUUUCCAUGUUUUCCAGCUUGAUGAGUAAUUGUGUCCAGGUAUUAAAAAACAAAUUAGAAAUCAUGGGGAAAUUUAUCCGUGCCUCUGUUUUUUUUUUGAAAUGCUGAAAAUAUUUUUUUUUACAUGAGAAGCACUGGCCAAAGAAAGGGUUGUUGUUGCUGAGUAUCUUUUGAUGGCUGAGUCACCAAGGUGUGGGUUCAAAUCCCAGUCAAGACACUCCUGUCCUUUGGCAAGACACUUAACCAUAGUUGCUUCUCAUCACCUAGGAGUAAACCGAUACCUGUGAGGGUAGACGUUGUUCAUGUGAAUGAUUAGUAUAUUCUGUGUGUCAAUUUGGCUAGCGUUGCUGCAUACUCCUAAGGAGUUGAGAAGGUUUCGGGAUUUGAAACACUGCAUGGUGGAGAUACGAUCUAUAGUAAGGUUCGCAGUAACACCAUGUACAUGAGUAGGAUUUGAAACUUUGCA